CCACCGCCGCCCGAGACUCGCGCAGAGCAGUUAUGGCGGAUCCCGCAGCCCCCGAACCCGCAGCUCCCGCUCCCGCGCAGGCCCCGGCCUCGGCUCCGGAGGCAGCCCCGACGCAGGCCGCGACCCCGGCCUCCGUCCCCCCGGCCUCCGCCCCAGACUCGGCCUCCGGGCUGUCCUCGGACUCCGGCCCCGAAGCCGGCUCGCAGCGCCUGCUGUUCUCUCACGACCUGGUGUCGGGCCGUUACCGCGGCUCGGUGCACUUCGGCCUGGUGCGCCUCAUCCACGGCGAGGACUCGGACUCGGAGGGCGAGGAGGAGGGCCGCGGCAGCUCGGGCUGCUCGGAGGCCGGGGCCGCGGGCCACGAGGAGGGCCGGGCCAGCCCGCUGCGCCGCGGCUACGUGCGCGUCCAGUGGUACCCGGAGGGCGUCAAGCAGCACGUGAAGGAGACCAAGCUGAAACUAGAGGACCGCUCCGUGGUGCCCCGGGACGUGGUCCGGCAUAUGCGUUCCUCGGACAGCCAGUGUGGCACGGUGAUUGAUGUCAACAUUGACUGCGCUGUCAAGCUCAUCGGCACAAACUGCAUCAUCUACCCUGUCAACAGCAAGGACCUCCAGCACAUCUGGCCCUUUAUGUAUGGGGACUACAUUGCCUAUGACUGCUGGCUAGGGAAGGUCUAUGACUUGAAGAACCAGAUCAUCCUGAAGCUAUCCAAUGGUGCCAGGUGCUCCAUGAACACAGAAGAUGGCGCCAAGCUCUACGAUGUCUGCCCACAUGUCAGUGACUCAGGUCUCUUCUUCGAUGAUUCCUACGGCUUCUACCCAGGCCAGGUGCUCAUUGGGCCUGCCAAGAUCUUCUCCAGUGUGCAAUGGCUGUCAGGGGUCAAGCCAGUGCUCAGCACCAAGAGCAAGUUCCGAGUGGUGGUGGAGGAGGUGCAAGUUGUGGAGCUGAAAGUCACAUGGAUUACCAAGAGUUUCUGUCCAGGGGGCACAGACAGCGUCAGCCCCCCACCCUCAGUCAUCACCCAGGAAAACCUAGGCAGGGUGAAGCGUCUCGGAUGCUUUGACCAUGCUCAGCGGCAGCUGGGGGAACGCUGUCUGUAUGUCUUCCCAGCCAAGGUAGAGCCGGCCAAGAUUGCCUGGGAAUGUCCAGAAAAAAACUGCGCCCAGGGGGAGGGCUCUAUGGCCAAGAAGGUGAAGCGCCUACUGAAGAGGCAGGUUGUGAGGAUCAUGUCUUGCUCCCCGGACACCCAGUGUUCCAGGGACCAUGCCACGGAGGACCCGGGCAAGAAAAGGGAAGCCAAUGCCAAGACAGAGAAAGGGCCCGCGAGCCCUGAGGAGCUGCCCGACAGCUCAGCCAGCCCAGCUGAGAUUCAAGUUGAGAUUCCCGAGGAGAUCCAUGAGGCGGGCGAGCCGCUGCCCCCCUUCUUGCUGAAGGAGGGUGGAGAUGACGGGCUACCCUCAACAGAGCAGGAUGCAGACGACGAGGCCGCAGACGACACCGACGACAGCAGCUCCGUGACCUCCUCCGCCAGCUCCACCACGUCCUCCCAGAGCGGCAGCGGCGCAAGCCGCAAAAAGAGCAUUCCCUUGUCCAUCAAGAACCUGAAGCGAAAACAUAAAAGGAAGAAGAAUAAAAUCACUCGUGACUUCAAGCCAGGAGACAGGGUGGCGGUCGAGGUGGUGACCACGAUGACCUCGGCUGAUGUGAUGUGGCAGGACGGCUCUGUGGAGUGCAACAUUCGCUCCAACGACCUCUUCCCAGUACACCACUUGGACAACAAUGAGUUCUGCCCCGGAGACUUCGUGGUGGAUAAGCGAGUCCAGAGCUGCCCGGAUCCUGCCGUCUAUGGAGUGGUGCAGUCUGGGGACCAUAUCGGCCGCACCUGCAUGGUGAAAUGGUUCAAGCUGCGGCCUAGCGGGGAUGAUGUGGAGCUCAUUGGAGAAGAGGAGGAUGUGAGCGUUUAUGACAUCGCUGACCACCCUGACUUUCGAUUCCGCACAACUGAUAUUGUCAUUCGCAUUGGCAACACUGAGGAUGGGGCUCCACCCAAGGAAGAUGAGCCGUCAGUGGGCCAAGUGGCCCGAGUGGACGUCAGCAGCAAGGUGGAGGUAGUGUGGGCUGACAACUCAAAGACCAUCAUCCUGCCCCAGCACUUGUACAACAUCGAGUCAGAGAUUGAGGAGUCUGACUAUGACUCGGUAGAAGGCAGUACCAGCGGGGCGUCCUCGGAUGAGUGGGAGGACGACAGCGACAGUUGGGAGACGGACAACGGCCUGGUGGAAGAUGAGCACCCCAAGAUAGAAGAGCCCCCCCUCCCGGCCGCCGAGCAGCCUGUGGUCCCUGAGGAGGACAAGGGGGUGGUCAUCAGCGAAGAAGCUGCCACCGCUGCCAUCCAAGGGGCGGUGGCCAUGGCGGGGCCCAUGGCAGGGCUGAUGGAGAAGGCUGGAAAGGACGGGCCGCCCAAGAGUUUCCGGGAGCUGAAAGAGGCCAUCAAGAUCUUGGAGAGCCUCAAGAACAUGACGGUGGAACAGCUGCUGACGGGCUCCCCCACCUCCCCCACCGUGGAGCCCGAAAAGCCAACCCGCGAGAAGAAGUUUCUGGAUGAUAUCAAGAAGCUACAGGAGAACCUCAAGAAGACGCUGGACAACGUGGCUAUCGCAGAGGAGGAGAAGAUGGAGGCCGUGCCUGACACAGAGCGCAAGGAGGACAAGCCCGAGAGACAGUCUCCGGUGAAGGCCGAGUGGCCCAGCGAGACCCCUGUGCUCUGCCAGCAGUGUGGCGGCAAGCCCGGUGUCACCUUCACCAGCGCCAAGGGCGAGGUCUUCUCAGUGCUGGAGUUUGCACCCUCUAAUCACUCUUUCAAGAAAAUUGAGUUCCAGCCUCCAGAAGCGAAGAAGUUCUUCAGCACGGUCCGGAAGGAGAUGGCGUUGCUGGCUACCUCACUGCCCGAUGGCAUCAUGGUCAAAACCUUUGAGGACAGGAUGGAUCUUUUCUCGGCCCUAAUCAAGGGCCCUACUCGAACUCCCUACGAGGAUGGCCUCUACCUAUUUGACAUCCAGCUCCCCAACAUCUACCCGGCCGUGCCCCCCCACUUUUGCUACCUCUCCCAGUGCAGUGGCCGGCUCAACCCGAACUUGUAUGACAACGGGAAGGUGUGCGUCAGCCUUCUGGGCACCUGGAUUGGAAAGGGGACAGAGAGGUGGACGAGCAAAUCCAGCCUUCUCCAGGUGCUCAUCUCCAUCCAAGGUCUGAUCCUGGUAAAUGAACCGUACUACAACGAAGCCGGCUUCGACAGUGACCGGGGCCUGCAGGAGGGCUACGAGAACAGCCGCUGCUACAACGAGAUGGCACUGAUCCGCGUGGUGCAGUCCAUGACGCAGCUGGUGCGGCGGCCUCCCGAGGUCUUCGAGCAGGAGAUCCGGCAGCACUUCAGUGCUGGCGGUUGGCGUCUAAUAAACCGCAUUGAGUCCUGGCUGGAGACCCACACCCUGCUAGAGAGGUCCCAGGCGCUGCCCAAUGGGGUGCCCAAGGAUAGCAGCUCGCCAGAGCCUCCCACUGCAGCCGAGCUCUCAGACUCCGGCCGUGAAGACCCCGAGGAUGGUGGACUGGCCCCUGGGGAGGCCUCCCAGGGCUCAGACUCAGAGGGUGGCGCCCAGGGCCCGGCCUCAACUAGUAGGGACCACACAGAGCAGACUUCAGAGACAGCGCCUGAUGCGUCGGUGCCACCCAGCGUCAAACCAAAGAAGCGGAGAAAGAGCUACCGGAGCUUCCUGCCCGAGAAGAGCGGCUACCCUGACAUCGGCUUCCCCCUGUUCCCACUCUCGAAAGGUUUUAUCAAGAGCAUCCGGGGUGUCCUGACGCAGUUCCGAGCCGCGCUGCUAGAGGCCGGCAUGCCACAGAGCACAGAGGACAAGUAGCCACUGGCUCUCGCAGCAGGAGCGCCACUGUGGGAGAGGCUGGCCGCUGCCUGCUCACCUCCCCACCCCCCACUGGAAUCGCCCCGUCCCCAGCCCUCUGUCUACUGCGAUCCUCCUCCCAAGAUGAGUUUGAUGCUGAAGUGCAAGAAGUGUCCUAAGAUGCUGCGUUCUGUUCUGAAGCGAUCCUUCAACGAAUGUCCGGCGCCUGCUCCCUUGCUGUCCCCUUCUCAGGUCAGAGGUGGGGUGCUUGGGCCUGGCGCAGGGCUGGCUGUGUGGGCCCAGGGACCCUGCACAUGGGCAGGAGAGUGGAUGUGCCUUGCAUGAAGUGUGGGCUGCUCCUGCAAUGCCCUGGUCCCUCCCAACCUCUUCACUUGACUGUAGCCUCCCCUCCCCACCCCGGUGCUCCUGCCACCACCGCCACGGGGUCCUCCCAGCCCCGACCAUCGACACUACUACCCGCGGGAGUGACCUCCACACGUCAUAGCCCUUAGGCCUGUUGAACUUACUCUCUGAGAGAGCUUGGGACCAGGCUAGUUCAGGGUGACACCCGGAGAGGUAGUCGAGGACAGGAAGCUGCUGGGAAAGAGAUGGCUGCAGGUGCCUUUCUCUUUCCAGUCCGCUGGAGGAGCCCGGGCAGGUCUGCCUAGGCCCGCAGUGCGGACUGCGCACACCUACUCCCUACCAGCCUCCUCUCAGUCACCAGGAUGGCAGCAGCAACCACAGGGCCUCACCCCAUUGGUGGCUUGGCUGUUUCUGGGGGGCCGGAAGGCCCUGGCCCUUGCUUCCAGACUUAGCAGGCACAGUCCAGGGGGAGGGAGGGAGGCAGGCAGGGAGCGGCAGCAGCAGGACUCCCCUCCCCCCGGCCCAGAGGUUUACAAGUUUUCUAAGCUUUUGAUAAUGUGAAGCCCAGGUUGGGAGGGUGCUGUCCAGCACACUGCAGCUGUGUCAUUUCCGGUGUAUGUAUGUAAUAUUUAAGGUUGGAAAAAAAAUAAAUCUCAAAAGCAAAGAUGCUAUUAUUAGAAAAAAAAGACAAAAAAAAAAAAAAGCCAAAGCAUGAUGCGUCUUGUCAGCCUUAAGUGGGCUCCACACCUGUGCUGCGCCAGGACCACCCAGGCUGCCGAACCGCGGGAAGGACCGAGCCGGACACACCGCACGCCGGCCAGCACUCACUCAGCCCAGAGUCUGUGUGGAGAACAUCCGGGUACCUGGUGCGUCCCGGGCGUCGCUCAUGUGGAGAUGGGAAUGCCUACUGCUUACAAUACCUGUAUAAAGUGCUGUGUGAUUAAACAUUUUUUUACUUGCAUUUUUUUUUGGUUGGCUCAUUAACAAGACAAGGCGACACAUUAAACCUGCUCUGCCGUUCA